AUGGCGAUACAACCACCAGGAUCGUACCCACAAGGUAACAGGAAAGGGAAGGCCAAAAAGAAGACAGGGCAGGAUUCAUUUGCAAGGAAAGAAUGGUACAACCUCCGAUCUCCUUCUAUUUUCCCCAGCAACAUCAACGGAAAAACCCUUGUGUCAAAGGCUACAGGUAAGAAUGCUCACAUGAGAGCUAUUGGAAGGAGAUAUGAUGUCAAUCAUGCCGACCUUACCAAGAACAAUGAUGUUGCACACAGAAAGUUCAUAUUUAAGAUAGGCGAUGUUAAGGGUGCAGACUGCAUUGGGUUUUUUGAUGGAAUGGAGCUAACAUCUGAUAAGCAUAAAGCAAUGAUCAAGAAAUGGCAUUCACUUAUUGAGGCUCAAAAAGAUAUAGUUGCAAAGGAUCAAAGUGUUUUCAGAGUAUUUGUCAUGGCAGUCACCAAAAGGCCACACGGAUACACCAAGAAAACAUGCUACGUUAAACACUCUGAUGAGAAAAGGAUCAGGAAGAUCAUGUUCGAUGUCAUUGAGGAAGAGCUAGGAGGGCGCAGUGUUGAUGAUAUUAUGAGCAAGCUUUCGAAUGAGACUGUUGGAAAGAGAAUUGAGGAGCUGGGAAGUGAGAUAUUCCCCCUUCAGAAUUGUUGCGUUAGAAAGGUCAAGACAAUCAAGAGCUACCAGACAGCCACCAUUACCCAACAAGAUGAGGUCAAAGCUGCAGCUGAUUAA